UGGCGGAUAAUGUAUACAUUAGGUUCAUAAUUUUUUUUUGUUUCCAAAUAUACUUAAAGUACAAUUUUUUUCAUCCUCGUAUUACUGUUUUAUUAUACACAAACUUACCUUAAUUUUGUAUUUCUUUUUUUAAAAUAUAUUCUAUGAAGUAGAAAUACAUAAUAGGCUUCUAUUUAGACAAAUUUGGAUUAUAGUGGUGUAAUAAGUCUCGAAUUUUUUAUUUUAUUUUAUUUAACAGGAAUUAAUAUAGCCUAACACAUAAAAUAAUAGAAAAUGUUGGAUAAAAAUAAUAUAUAAUCAUAUAUUAUGAAACAGUAAAAUACUAGAGAGCCUACCAUAUAAUUAUCCGCCAGUAAUUCGUAUCCUCUAGAAUUAGCCGCGUGAAAGAAACCCUAAGCGGCUACUUCUAGCGGAUACUUUUUACUGGCGGAUAAUAGUACCAUGUCAUUUAUUACUGCUUUUUAUAUCACAAUAUAUAUAAAUUUUAUUUAUUAUCGUUCCAAUUAAUGGUUGUUGUAUUUUUUUCAAUUUUGAAGAGCUAAAGCUAAUUUAAUUGUGAUUGGACAAUUCAACCGGCAAGGGUGAAGCUUUAUAGGGUGGGAAUCUAUAGGCUUUGCAGCAAAUUAAGUCACGGGCGGCUAGAAUUGAGCGGGCACGGCUUUUGUGGGAUUUGUUUGAAAAAAUUGAAGCUUUGAUAAGAGAGAUAAAUUGGGUAGGGCCCAUUUACACAAUAUUUUAUGUUAAAUUAGGGUUAAGAAGUAGAGAAGCAGCCGCGCACUUGAGAGAAGGAAAAAAUCAGCCGCUGGAGGAAAAAAUCCAUUGUUUUGGUUCCUCUUCUUCAAAUCAGCCGCACUCCACUUGAGAGAAGGAAAAAAUCAGCCCAUUUACACAAUAUUUUACACAAUUCACGCCAUGGCUUCUUCUUCAAACCAAGUCCCUUAUUCGAGGCCCGAGCAAAUCAAUCGUGUGGCAGUUGAGAUCAGUACGUACAACAAUAUUAGUUACCUAUCGACAGUAGUCUCGAGACUAAACGAAAUUGGCGGUUUUGCACUGGAGAAUACGUUCAGGCAUGGGUGCUUUGGGAUGAUGUUGGAUUGGCAGCCGGGCCAGAAGUGCAAUGCUGCAUUGCACCAUAUUGUCUCUCGUCAUCUUAAGAUCACGAGAGACGAUGAGGAUGAUGAGAUCUGCUUCUACAUCAACGGGAGGAACGUUGAGUUUACUCCGAGAGAUUUCGCUCUCGUGACAGGAUUGUCCUUUGGGGAUGAUCCUUUUGACCCCGAGGCUGAGCACGAUCUGAGUCGGGCUCAUACAUUUAGACAAUUUUGCCGCUCUCAACCGGUGUCAGUGCGGGAGCUGGCGGAUAUAUAUUUCGACACCGUCAAUCCAGUGGUUGACACCGACGGCGGGUUGUACCUCCGUGUGGCCCACUUGUUGGUGCUACACGCAUUUGUAUUAGGAGUGGACGUGCGCCGACCCGUGCAGUCCUGGACUUGGAAGCUGGUGGAUGAUUUGCCGACCUUUUCCAGAUUUCCUUGGGGAUCGUGCGCGUAUAGAAGCUUGAACUACAGGUUGAAGCACAGCACAAUCAAAAAGGAUUGUAAAAAGUAUCACUUCUACGGUCCUUCUUGGGCCCUAUUCAUUUGGGGUCUUGAGAAAAUUCCCUAUUUGGGCCCAGCCAUAGCCAUAUGCAAUGCGGGGGUUUACCCUAGAUUUCGGAGGUGGACGUUCGUGAAGACCAAGUUGGAUGGGUUACAGAGUUAUUUUGAGUCUCCGGAGAACGGGAUAUGGGAGAUGGUCCCCGAUGAGUACGAGGCCAAGACAUCUUACUGGCUAUCGGUGGCAGGCGUCAAUGCCGGGAUAGGGGUUCGAGUACCAGAGCCGGCAGUCUUUGGUCAUAGGCAGCCUCGGCAGCGCUACACUGGUGGGGACCACAACGAGGAUGCUCCUGAGCAUCAACCUCGGCGUCGCAGUAUGAGACAGGAUACUGGCAAGCGCCCGAGGGGACAAAUAGUGGACACCUCAUCGAGCAGCAGCCAUCACGAUCAGAGCAUUGGGGGCGAUCACCCCUGUUGGUUCCAGCAGCCAGAUCAAUGCAGCUCCGGUGUUUUUGCGUGCAUGUAUGUGGAGCGUCUGAUAUCAGGCUCGCCGAGCCUUGCGUGGGGCAAUGGGCACGCCGCCGACUAUAGGCGCAAGAUAGGCAGUAGCAUCUACGAGUUUUGCAUCCCCGCAUCGAAAUAG